GCGGUCUUCGCCUGCCUCAUUCCCACACCCUCUUACGGCGAAAACCCCAAAACCCUGGCCUUGAUCAUACCCAUGAUUUCCGAUCCGAUCACCCACCGGAAUCGAACCCUCGCCGCGCUUCACGUCGCCCGCCGCCUUCUCUUCUCCUCCCUUCCUAGCCUCUCUCCCCGCCUCCUUGAUCGCUACGGCUUCGUUCCGCCUCCCUCCCUCCGCCCGCACAAUCGUAACCCUAGCUCGGGCCACCAGGCCGAGGCCAGUAACGACAACAAGAAGAAGAAGACCAAGGUGCCCUACCGGCCGCCGUCAUCGCUCGACCGCGUCGGCCAGGAGCCGGUCCACUCCGACCUUCCUUUCGACUUCCGCUUCAGCUACACGGAGGGCAGCCCGAACGUUAAGCCCAUCGGGCUUCGCGAGCCUAAGUACUCUCCAUUCGGCCCUGGUCGCCUUGACAGGAUUUGGACUGGCUUCUCUGCCCCCGCCGUCGACCCUACCGUGAGGUCCGUCGAUGGGGAUGGACCGGAGACUGUGGAUUUGGAGAAGGCGAAACAGAUGAGAACGAAGAUUCUUGGGAAGCCGCUUUCCCCGGCCGAGAGAGCAUUUCUGGUCGAGAAGUACCAGAAGAAUCGGACUAAACGGCAAGUUAACCUCGGGAGAGAUGGCCUUACACACAACAUGUUGAAUGACAUUCAUAAUAAUUGGAAGAAUGCUGAGGCCAUUAGGAUUAAGUGUCUUGGUGUGCCGACUGUUGAUAUGGAAAAUGUUUGCACCCAACUUGAGGAAAAGACUGGUGGGUUGAUCAUACACCGCCAUGGUGGACAGAUCCUAUUGUACCGAGGAAGACGUUACAAUGCUAAAAAACGGCCUAGAAUUCCAUUAAUGUUGUGGAAACCUCAUGAACCGAUAUAUCCUAGGCUGAUUAAAACAGUGAUCGAAGGAUUAACUAUUGGGGAAACAAAGGAAAUGAGGAAGCGAGGUCUUGCUGUUCCUGCCUUAACAAAGCUUGCGAAGAAUGGAUAUUAUGCUAGUCUUGUACCAAUGGUCCGUGAUGCUUUUUUAACUGAUGAACUAGUUCGUAUAGAUUGCAAGGGCCUCGAAAAAAGUGAUUACAAAAAGAUUGGUGUUAAGCUCCGGGACUUGGUUCCUUGUGUCCUUGUGACUUUUGACAAGGAGCAAAUUGUUGCAUGGAGGGGAAAUAAGUAUAACAGAACCACCCACCCUAGUUCCGAAGAAAGAUCUUUCACUCAGGUCACUGAAUCAGGUAUCUGUGCUGAGAAUUGUUCCGUUGAUUCUUGUAGCAGCUCAGUUGACCAAAUCUCUGAUUUAAAUACCAAUGAUGAAGACACUGCAUCCAGCACCAGUUGAACAAAAAAAAAAAAAGAAGGUAGAUGUUAGAAUCUGAUGCUUGGGAAAAGGACUUGUGACAGUCUUCUGUGCUUGCUUCUGUCCAUUAAUGCAGAGAUGAAUGCCUCUCCUGGAGACUAAAAACGAAGCCUCAUCUACUGAAGAGCCUAUUUGUAUUGAAGUCCGAUAUUAUCUUGAUGGAAAUGGCAGAUAAGGAAUCAUUCUUUCAUCGGUAUCACAGCAGUUGCUACAGAUCAGUUCUUGCAAUUGGGAACCAGUAGUUGUUGUCAUCACCGUAAUCCGACCAAGCAGCAGCUCAUGUACUGAAGCAGAUCAUGUUUCUAAUAUGGCAUCACAUUUCUUCAAAUUAGACAAAGUAAAAUGUUCCAUUGACCUCUCACCGGAUGACCUUUUAGGUGGAUAUAGUUUUGGUUAUCUUCUUCCGAUUCAGGGAAACCUAAAUUUGCCAAUUCAUCAGCACUUUGAACUGUGUGAUCAUUAUAAUGUCAGGGCACAAUGAAAGUUUGUGAUUCGAAUUCCUCUACUUGAUGUACAAGAAACUAUAAGUGUUUCGUAAAGGCCUCUAAACCUAUGCCGGUAAUUGCAUGAGUACAUCUGAGAGAGAAUUUAUAUU